CCAGAGUUUUUGUCGGUGCAGGCGCUGAGUUCGACCGCCUGGUGGCGAAGGUACGAGAGCUCAGUGUUCCACCUCCUGAAGAAGGAGGCGAAGAAGAAUUCUCAUCUCUGUGAAUAAUAAUAAUCCUUCUGGAUCAUUUGAGCUCUUAUUUUCUCCUUCUGUCUGAUUUCAUUUAAUUUCUCUUUCAUUCUGCGAGUUUGAGAGGCGAAAACAGACAGACAGACAGACAGAGAUACGUAUAAAGGAUGUCUGAGGUGGAGUUAUCAUGCUUGGCGUGUGUAAAGAUGUUCCUGCAUGCUAGUGUGUAUCCGCGCUGCAGCGUAAACGGGCUGCUGUUAGCACCUGCAGGAGGUGUGUGUGACGAAGGUGUGUGUGUGACCGACUGUGUCCCUCUGCUGCACUCUCAUCUUCCACUGGCCAUGAUCGCUCAGCUUGCUCUCACACAGGUGGACAUGUGGUGUUCUCAGACGCAGCAGAGGAUUGUGGGAUAUUACCAGGCUAAUGCUAAUCUGUCUGACUGCAGUCCAACUGCAUGUGCUUUCAAAAUGGCAGACAAAAUCGUGGAGCAGAGCAGCAACGCAGUGUUACUGAUGAUCGAUGGAAAGAAAAUGUCACCUGGAUAUCGUGUUCCUCCAAUAGUGAUGUACGAACAUAAAGACUCACGAUGGACCUUAAAAGACAAACACACUAUAAUGCUUCGCCAGUGGGAGGAAACUCGAGCAGUCACCGCUCAGUUACUGAACUCCGGGGAUCACACUUUGUUGGUUGACUUUGACAACCAUUUGGAUGACAUCGCAAAGGACUGGACCAAUCAGAAACUCAAUGCUAAGAUCAUGGAGCUAGUCUGUCCAGCUAACGGCAGCAUGUAAACGUCAGUGUUGUUUAUGUGUCAGAGAAUAAACUCACUGUCAUUCUGAU